CGAUGCGACGCAGCCUUGGGAACUUUAGCUCCGACAGUCGGUGAGAGAAGAAUGAGUGAAUGAUGAAGCGAUGCUGUUUGAGGAGGGGGAUGAUCGCUCUGCAAUAGGGGUCCUUUCAGUGGCGAUGAAUCAUGAAUGCUGCAUUGCAUGUGUCGUCUAUCCGUAUUUACUUCUCUUCUACACUCAGUGACUCUGUAAAUUAUAAUGGGUAGAUGUGAUGUUGGUGAUGAACUGGUGGAGAUAAGACGAUGUCAUCAUCCCACUCUGACCUGCUUCUAAUCAAACCACUACCACUACAGACAGAGUCACCUCUUGUCCCCCGUGUUCCUCUGCUUCGACAGGCGCUUUCAAGGGGUCGCACAUCAGCCUCUCUCGAUGCGACCGUGAUCACACCCUCAUUAACACAAAGAGGGCUGCUAGCAUGCAUCGCGUCUCUCCCGCCUCUAGGUGAGCGGGGAAGAGCUAUAUCUGACUCGCGACAGGGAUCAGCUAGUGGUUUCCCGGCCUUCUCUGUUCUCUGGUCUCUGGUCCUCUGUAAAGAGGUUGUAUGGUGAAAUCUGGUAACUUGAAUAGUCUUGCGAUGGUGUCGUCGUAUAUUGCUUUAGGUCUUGUGCAUAACAGAUCAGCAGCCUCGCCUCCAUGAAACCUACUGUCCUAACUACAUUCAAG